GCGUAGACAAACAGGCAUAGGGUUUCUCUCUCUCCCCCUCUUCUCUCCUUCGCCGAGACGAACAAGCACAGCACACAAACCCAGGACACUUCCCCCACGGAAUUCACAAGACCACCCCAGCACAAAAAUUCCCACGGAAAAACAAAAAAAAAAAAGAGAGAAGGAGAAAACAAACGGAGAGACAAAUCCCGUCCAGAAAUCGUCGCCCCAAUUCCAGAUUUCCAGUCCUCUCUUGUGCCCUCCCUGAAACCCUCCCGAAAUCCCACGAAUCCUCGCGAUUUUUUCUCCACCCCCAAUCCACCACCGCGUUGGCCGCCGCCGCCGCCCUCCGCAGAUUUCCCAUUAGGGCGCCGCCGGAGUGGUCGUCGCCGGCCGAGGGGGGCCUCGACCCCGCCCCUCCCCUGCUCCCCCCACUGCGGGGGCCGCGUCCCGCUUGAUCAAUCGCGUCGCGGUGGAUUGAUACGGGGGUUGGGGGAUUCGAGAGGGGGGCGGAGCGGUUUUCCCCCACCCCAACUCGUCGUGUUCGUGUUUUUUUUCUUCCAAUCUGCGCGCGUUCGUGCGUGCGUGAGGGAGGUCGUGGUGGUGGUGGUGGUGGAAGUUAGGGUUUGAGGGUUUGGUUCCGGAGGGUAGGGUCUGGUGGUGGCCGUGGCUGCCCCCGGCCGGGGGUGGUGGGUGGCUGGGGGGUGGGGGGGAUUCGCCGUGCAACUGUUGCGCGCCGUGGUGGUGUGGGGAUCGUGUUGUGGCGGCGGAUUGGAUCAGUGGCCGCUGUCGCGCCUCCGCCCGCUGCUGGUGCUGGUGGAAGUUUAGGGGGGGUGAGGGUGCAGGCCCGGCAUGGACCGAGGUGAGCCCUCGCUGAAGCCAGAAUGGCUGGUGCGGGGGCAUGGCGCAGUGGCUGCCACGAGCCUCUGGACUGGAACUUCUUCGCCGCGCGCUGAUGAUCAAGGUAGGAGCAUUUCAUCAAGAAACCAAUCAUCAGGUCGUGACCGUGAACGGAGCUCACAACAGUCCAUCUCACGGAGGAGUUCUGGCUCAAUUGGACCUAGACGGCAUGACCGGGAUGGUACAGCAAAGUCAAGAGGCUAUGCCAGUUUUGGAAGGAGCAACCGGGACAGGGGGGGUGAGAAGGACUCUGAAUCCCGUAAUUGGGAGAGUAGGUUGGGUCCACCUGAUGAUCCCUUGUAUGAUGGCUUCAAGCCAUUCAGCUCAUGCAGACCUGAAAGGGACAGGCUUAAUCAUACUCGUUUGAAGGUAGAUACAUUGAAUCAGGCGGUAGGAGAAAGUUUAGACAAUGGUGUUCGUAGUGUAUCAAGAAAGGUUUCUGGUGGUGUCUCCUUUGAGCGAGAAUUUCCACACCUUGGUUCUGACGACAAGAAUGGAAAGCAAGAUGUAGGUAGAGUUCCAUCUCCUGGAAUUAGCACCCCGAUUCAGAGUAUGCCUUUGGGCACUGCACUUGAUGGGCGGAGUUCAGUGCUAGCAGAAGUUCCUGUACUUAGUGGACCAACCAACUGCCCUGUUCCAUCUUCUUUGUUACGCACUGGUUCCAGUAAGCAGAUGGAAGUGCCAAACUGCGGGACUGCAUUAAGUAUGGCUGAAACAGUGAUGCAAGCUCCGUUAAAAAUCUCGACAACACCCCAGUUAUCGAUCGAUACUCAUAAGAUUGAAGAAAGAACUAUGAAGCAGUGCAUCCUAAGACCUCGGACACCUUCUUCGAACAAAAUUUCUGUAUCAAGUUCUUCAGAUAAGUUAAAAUCCAAAGGUGCAAGAGCUGGAGAUUCUAAUGGCCCUGUCAAGGGUACAAUGCAACUGCCAUUACAGCUUUCUGGCAGCUUUAUUCGCGCUCCAGUAAAACAUGAGCUUGUAAAGCCAACUCAAUCAGGAAGCUUUCAAGUCCUUAGCCGUGAGCAGAAUGGUACUGUAAAUACUGCCAAAGAAAGUACUAGCAAUCCUGCGAGCCCUGUUCUAGGCCGAUCAUAUUCAGUAGAACCACUGAGAAAGCCUAUUGUAAACCAAAAGCUAAAGGGUGUUGCUAAUGGUCUCCCUUUACAACUGCAAGGAUCAUUUGGUGAGAGAAAAUCAAGUGCGAAAGAUAAGCAUAAAUUCUUUGAGUUGCUGCGCAGCAAAUCAUUGAAUGGUUCGUGCACUUCUACUGUGUCUUCAUCUACAUUGCUUGAUGAGCAAAACAACUCUUGUCUUGAAUUGUUUGAUUCUGGAGUCAAAUGUAUGGAACAUGGAAGUAGUUCUUGUGAGGAAGCAAAUUCUUGUGAGGGAUCUCAGCAGCACCUUUCUGACAAUGAGGAAAUCAAUCCACCAUGGGAACCACAUGAUGUUUUUGAUGAAGGAAUGCAAGAGGUUCUGUCUGACAACAGGGAUUUUAACUCUUCAUCAGAAAUUGCUGACACACAAGAUGUAUAUAUGAAGCCCCAUACAAAUAAUGCUGGUUCCUCUCCGUCCAUCAUACCUGCAGAAAUUUAUGAUGGCUCCAUGGGGUCCAACUGUAGUGAUGAUGAAACUGUUAUGUUGUUUGAACCCAUUGGAACAGGGGAAGAGGAAUCCUAUCCUGCUCAAGACAGACCUAGUCCAGAGGAGAUGGCUUUCUUGGUUUCUCUUGGCUGGAAAGAGGAUGAAAUAGUUCCACCUCUGAAACAGGAAGAAAUUGCUGAUUGUGUAAGUGUUUCUUAUGUUUUGCUAAUUUCAGCAAUAAUUUUUUAUUCUCUUCCCAUACACAAUUUACAUGUUUAGGGGCUUAACUUUUUAAAAACAUUUUCACUAAUAUUCAUAGUUGACCCAGCACUUAAAUUGACCCCAUUCAUUCAGCUUCAUAAAAAAAAUCUAGUUGAAGAUUCCCAUUCUGGUAUUCACUUUGUAGUCUUACAUGGGUGGUCUAAUGGGAUGGCUUGCCAUGUCAGCAAAAUGGAUUGAUAGUGUGGCCUGCUAAGCAAGUGUUGGGCACCAUCAUCAUUGUACUGCAGAUGAGGCUUGCUAAAUCACCAAAACAUAGGGUUUAGUUAAUGCUGAAAUGGAAAUCCAGUGAGCGCUGACAAAAUAGCUACACUGGAAACCCUGUUGAAGUUUCUGGACCAAUGGUCCUCUCUUACAACCAUACUUAUACAUCACAUUUGGUAGUGCAUACCUCUUUUGAGAGUCUAAAAACCAAAAGGAGCUAAAAUGACUCCUACCGAUGUUUAAAUACCUUAGAAACAAGAUAUGUAAUGCAGGAGAGAUGUGAUGUUUAAUGAUGGCAAACAAUGAAAUGGUCAUUCAUGUGCAAGUCCCCUAUAUUAUGCAACAAGAUUGAAAAAAAAUGUAGACCUUAUAAAAAGAAACAAAGGGGGCAUUAUUUUAGUAUACCUUCAAUCUCUGUUAUGCACACUGGUAAAUUUCAUGCUUGUCAAUCAUUUUCUCAUGACAUAAUG